GAAAGAAAUCAGCUGUCUGCGCGUCUCCGUUAGUUUAAAAUGCGUUGUAUUCGAGUGAGGCGGCGUUUCAGACGCCAGAAAAUAAGUUUUUUCGCCGUAGUAAUUAUGUGCAAUGAACCUGUAUCUCUCAUCAAAAUCAAAGACAUCAAAUUUGCACCUGAGCGAUUUUAUGCGGUAUAUUUUUCAGUUUUAACAGCCUCGGGCAAAAGCAGCAACAAAAUACGCGCACUCGACGCAGCUCCUGACAAAGAUUUCGCACCAGGAACGUUCCAUGUAAGAACGAGCUUUGAAGUAAGCUUGGUACCUCAGGGUCUAAUAUUUGCUUCUCGAAAUUGUUUUUUAUCUAAUCACAGACGUUUAAGACAAUGUUUAUUACUAUAUAUUACGGCGAUCAGGAGUCACUGUUGUUUAACCCAAGCUGCUCCGUCGUGAAUCUACUGGAGUCGAUUAAAGAAAGAUGCGGUUAUGGAGAUACAGAUCGAGUGUUGGACCUAACAGACGAAACAGGUAUGUAACAGUACAACUGGUGAAUCUGGUGAAUUGGGAAUAAAAUUCCGUAAAAGGAAAAGAUGCUUGAAAUGCAAGAGGAAAUAGCAGUUAUGCGUUAUAUUUUAGGAAGUCCUUGGGGUUUCAUUUCUCGAAAGCCUUUCGCUGUUCAUACUAUUGGCAAUUAAUAAAAAAGAAGAGAAAUUUUCUUCGGUACCGAACAAGAAUAAGCAGCCUUUCGUGAAUGACCGAGAAGGCUUUUCUCACUUCAUGGGCUUUCAUGAAUUCUGCAUAUAAAUGACAAGUUUGCGCCACAAUACAAACGCCUCAAUGUCAAUGAUCGGAGUCUAAGCAACACGAGACGGGGCCAGUUAUAAAGGCAUUUACAGAAUGAAUAGCCAGAGUACAAAUCUUGAAGUCUUUUGACAAUAUUCUGCCAAUUUAGUGCAAACUAAAUAUCAACAAACUAAAAUAGAAAGAUUCCGCUGCUAAAAAAGCCUUCACUUGAGUGCUCAUCCGUCUGGAACUCAUCCAAAACUCUUAAGAUCACACUUUGAAAAGGAAAGGUCAACAAGGACCUCUGUUUUCAAAAUAAUCUUCAAUAACACCAAUUUUGCCCACGGCCCUUUUCUACUAUGUCACCUGAGUCUAACAUGGUCUUGUUAUGAAUGACCGACAACAGUUGGUGCCAUUGCCUCAUCCCGAAGAAAUAAGCCCUAGCCUACGGUCUGAUUUUUGUAACAACAUCAAUUGCACAUUAUAAUUACUUUGACGAAGUACGAUAAAAUACGUUAUUACUUGAAUUUAACCACCGGCCAUGUGCAUGUAUUCUAAAAACAAACGUACAAGAAGACCACAACGUAAGUUUACAUUCAAUGUGCCCACAAGGCCUGGCCCACUGAGGGCUGUAUAUCUCCCUUUGAGUGAAUUUUUAAAUUUUCAAGCCAUAACCUUAGAGAAAGAAUACAUUUUAAAAAUCGAAAACUGCAAACUAGAAAAGACUAAAACUGACAAGCACUUACAUGUCUCGUAGCACUACUUUAUUUAAAGAAAAGUUAACGCUGUUCAUGCAGGGUGACCUCCUUUAGUUUGGUUGUUGUUUGUUAAUGUUUCAUACAGAAGCUGAAAUUCUUGUUUGUUAAUGUUCUAUAAAGAAGCUCAAAUCAAAUACCAAUCCUAGUCCAGUUAAUUAUCAACGAACUUGCAAAAACUGAAUGGAUUUCAAGGGACUGUAUACACUCAACAGUUUUUUUUUUAGUAAGAAUAUAUUUUAUAAGAAUAUCGAGGCUGAAAUAUGCGAAAUUUUAAGAAUAUUAUAAGAAACCCGAGGCUGAGAUUUUCAAAAAGACAUAAUUUUAUGUUGAAAAUCUGUUACUAAAAUACAAUUAUGUUUUUUAACUUAACUGAUAUAAAUAUUCCUUUCUCUUUACGGGAAAACUAGCGUGCAAACUUAACAAAAACUGCACCAACUAAUUGAGCCAAAUGUUCAAGUGAAUGCUAAUAACAGUUCGAUGAACGGUACAUUGAUGCCCCAAUACAUGCUAAAACGGAAAUGACAUAAGCUUCAAUUUAAGAAUUAAUACACGAAUGUUUUCAGCCUAAAAUCGGUAGAAAAAUAAGAAUAUUCAGCCUAGGCCGGAAAAGCAACAUUCUUAUAAAAAAGAAAGGGUGUAAAAGCAAAACAUCCAAAGUAAAAACUGAGAUGUAAAGAAGCACGUAAAUACACACAAUUCAGUGUUGUAACAAAACAACUUGAGAACAUUGCUUGUAGAGCAUGAUAGACAGUACCAAAAAAGAUUGCUCUGUAGCUUUUGUUUGAAUGGUCACUCUUUAGGAUUUCAUUUACAGACUCAAACGUUAGAACCACCUUGUACAGAGUAACAAAAUUACCUCAGUUCAGGAAAGUACUGCUACUAGGGGUCUCCAAAGUUCCAGCCACCUUGCUCACCAUUGAUCAUAUUAUCCCUAGACUAGAGGUAAUCAUUGAUUACGGAUCCGCGUUCGUCACUGACGGAAAAAUCACGGAAACGAAAUGGAGUCGAAAGGAGUCCAGUUUCCCGGCCGAGGUGCCCCUGAUAAAAUUAAUAGGGGCGGCUAAUUUGCAGUCGACCGUGAUAGCUCGAAAAUUUCUGCCUUAGUGCCACAGGAACACCAGAUUAGCAUGCGUUCUGACGAACGCGAAAACUUGAUCUCUAAAGCUGCCUCCGGUGGAUAGCGCUAUCCAACGUUUGAACAACCAGGGCCAGUGUUACAGGCAAUUUUAAGUGACAAAACUUAGUUGGGAUCUUUGAAGGAUUAAAAGAGUUGUGUCACAAAAGUUAUCAACUUCAACCAUUCAAAACGGGCCAGAAAUUGAGCGAAAUAAGAACAGUAAAGAAACAUUUAACCAAAAACGUAAAUACAAACAACGUGACUUACGGAGAAAACUGAAAUGGAUUAAAACAUAUUGUUAUUCAGGCAUUUGAAAACUGUCCAGCCUAACAGUUUUCCAAAAUUUAUCUCCGAUGAUUGUAACUUUUAAAAUUAAAACACUCGAGAAUCGCAUUUGUUUUUUAUAAAGCUGUGAUUUCUGCAUGUCAUUUGGAAUAAAUUUCAAUCUUCUAAAAAGUCAAGUUAUAGCAAAUAGCAAGCACAAGGAAACAGGAUGGACUAAAAUAAACUGCCGUCACAAAAUUCCUUUAAUGUUACUCGCUGUAUUUCAGUUUCGAUGAAAGUAAGCAAUUUUAGACUCUCUUAGAUCAUCAUAUUGUUAAGAAUAUCGAAAGCUAACCAACAGGGUUAAAAGUUCAAAGAUUAGUAAGUUUCGUCGAAGCAGAAAAAUUCCAAAACUGACCCAAUCGGACUUGGCAGGGUCGUUAUUCAACACAAGACUCAGUCUCCGAGACCGUGUGCUUUUAUCACUUGUGAAUAUGAACUGAUCACAAAUGUUUCUAAAGAAAUCUUAAGAACAGUAAAUCAUUUUCCUGCUGCAGCUCCUGAUACAAAAAUCUUCUGUUGAAAGCAACUUGAGGUCAAAUUACAAGAUUCAAACUUUCUAAGGACGGUCGAAAGUUCUGACCAGAACAAGGAUUACCAAACUACACGAUUGAACACUGUAGAGCAAGCCAGAAUAAAACAUUUCGUUCAUCAAGGACCCUGAGUAUUUUUUUCGUGCAUGACAGGUAUCGAAAACGAAAGAAGCAGUUUCAGUUGUCAGAUAUAAAUUUAUCCGUAGCAUGCAGCCGAAAAUAAUAGGCAGUAUUCAAUGUCAUAAGACAGUCAAGAACGCGAGUAAGCAACCUAGUAGGGAAAUGUCCGAAAAAAAAAUUCCUACAGUCGGUUGUAUAUGAUGUGUAUGCAUAUGUUCCACAAGGGCAGCAUGACUUGGAUUAACAAAAUCGUUUACAAAACGCGUGAUGUCUACAAACUUGCUUCCUCUUUCAGUUAACUACUUAGAGAACCUAACAAGUCUUAACAGUUGGCUACAAAAUGUGGGAAAAAUAGGCUAACAAGUGUGAUCGGGUCUGGUAAUACAGUCAGAAUGAAUUACUUGAGCAAUAACACAGUACAACUCACCUGUGCAACGUUCGUUGUCUUGAAGGUCAAUGUUACCUCGCGGUCAACACAAACUUUUAUUUGAAGACCGCGGCCAAUACCAUACAUAAUGACGUAAUACACACUUAAUGCCAGGUCCCGAGAUAUUUAGUUUGUUUCGUUUUUCCGCGAGUCUUGAUGUUUCCUGAGACCAACGCGAUGGAAAGCAAACCUGCUUUCCGGGGGACUUGGUUUCAAAUACGUUUAUGCAAAGCUUAUAGCAGCAUUUUAAAAACCAAACAAUCGACAUCUUUUGACACAAAAUAUCUAUCCUGAACGAGCAACCCUUAUACUUGAUUAUGACCCUUGCAGGAUAAGGUCACGUGGUCACUGAUCAGCCAAUGAUGGUCGCAGUUGUAUCUAAGAAACUGCUUGCAGUCAAAUAACACAAUCUGCAUCUUAUUCAUGCGGUAACUUUUAGGACGCUUCCUUCAUUGGCUUUGGCCUCUGGGCCGGAACCCUGAAGACGCAAAGAAAUUUCUGCUGUGUGGUUUAUGUUAGAACUGCUGAUAUAAAAUUGUCGCCACCUUCGUACAAAAACUUGCGGUUUAUUCGAUGCUUUCUUGACCAAAACGAUAGUAGCAGCCAGCCUGACCCAAAAAUAGAAAGCGACAAUGAACGAUGUUGUGGUCAAGUCUUCAAAAGUAACCUGAGAUCAGGCUCAAUUUUCGUUUCGCUUUGUAAUAACAUUACGGCGGGCAAGGCGAAACGAAAACAGAGCCUGAUACAAACCUUCUACGAAACGUCUUCCGCCCACUUUUCGGAUUGACUGACAUUUGCCAAAUCAGCCAACCAAAAUUACUUCCGUUGCUUGUUUUUCUAGUAUGCAAUUUUUCAUGCGUGGGAAAAAUGUAGACUGGCUGACUUGAAAAAUAGCUUUUAUCUUUUCAUUUUUUCAGCUAAAAAUAAAACAGUCAGCACAAUCACAUUUAACUUCUUGCGAAAUGAUUAAAGGAGAUCUCGAAGGUUAUUUCUGUCGGCGUAGAAGGUAAAACGUUUUCGAAAAGAUUUCUAUUUUUCUGUUGCCUUAAUAUUUUCCUCGACAAUUUUCCCCGAUUUUCAGUACAUAAAUCUGUAAAAAUCUUGAAGAAAUAUAUCGCGAACUUUUUCAAAGGAUAUAUAAAUUAUUUCAGAACAAACCAAACGAGUUCUCUGAUUUGGUCCAGUGCGUACACUUGCAAUAAUAUUUGCGAAUUUACUAGAGAAACAAACGUCUAAAAACAUAUUUAUUUUUAAAAAAUCCAGGUAAAUAUUAUCUGCCACUACCUGCACGCUCAACUGACCUAUAAACAAAACGAAAAACAAUAUUACAAACACACUUUGUAGUUCUCCUUAGUCGUGUUGUUGUUUUACUGUGGGGUCUAAAACUGCCUCGCUAAAUUUAUUAAUCGAAAUUAACAAACAGCAAACAGCCAACGACCGAGGACACUAGUUUUCCUGUUUUAUUUUUUAACAAAAAGCGAAGGCAAACAACAAGUCUGUUACCUUAAGACUAGCGACACCAGUUUUUAUAAUAAUGCCUACAAAAAUUCCUUGAAGAGCGAUGCGAUAUUUUUCGUCUAAUACUUCACAGUUGGCAAUUGAGGUUUCUUUCGCAGUGAGCCUCCGCCUGCGUACCCCGUUCAGAGAAGUCAUUCCCGGCUAAACUUUCAAAUGAAACCAGUUUUAAGACAGACAAUAUUUUGAUUUGCACUCGUUUGUUGGUAAAUCAAAAGGCACCUUGUUAGCGGUCAACAACUUGCAGAGGGAUUCAACUUCGCGAUACACUCACAUAAGUUCCGUAAAUAAAGCAAAUCCUGAGAAGAAAUGAACAACCAUAUGAAUUUUCUGAAUUUCCAUGGUACAUAUUAAGGCAUAAUUUCCUACCAUAAGACCAUAAAACAAUAAAAAAGACAGCAAAAUCGAUCCUUCGACGAGCACAAACGAGCACAAACGUGAGAGAGUUUGUAUCAAGCCCAAUUUUAGCGGUAGCCGUUAGAGAAAAUGUAUGAGAACCGCUAAAAUUGGGCCUGAUCUCAGGUUACUUCAAAAGUAAAGGCAAAUGCAAGGAGAGAAGCGGCAAAACAAAUUGAUGUCACUCGAUGAGGACAAACUAAGAUGUUCCUCUCACUAAGGUGGUUGUCUUUGUCUACGUAUUACAUAAUUCUAUUUUCUCCAUUUUAUUAGGUCUCGUCUUGGAGCUUUCUAGCCACAAAUACGAGAAUGCCACCAAGUACCUGUCUUCUAAAGGAUUCUAUGUUCUGGUUGAAAAGCUGACGACUGAAUUGCCUUCGAAUGACCCUAAUGAAACGGGGCUCUCGCAGGAGGUCAAAUAUGUGCCACUCUUAAACAAGCCAAGUGACAAAUUUAACGGGUACAAAGCGCGAGUGUCCGAAAGGAGACUGAGUCCGGAGCGGUCCUCGGGCAGAAGUACGAGCAGAGUAGGAAAAAGGACUGGAAAAACCAAAUUAAAUAAGAGGGCAGAUAAUACUUUGGCUGUUUAACAGACGCAGGAGGAGGAGAGCGCUCAAUGUCGAAUAGAAAUGCGAGCAGAACAGAAAAACGACUGCAAGUUAUGAUAAAGACUUUCAAUUAUUCUUUGUAAUGGUUGCGUAAAAGUUAAAGAGAGUACAGUCAGGAAGUCAGUACAAUAUAACUAGACGGUUUCAAAGCCACGCCUUCUUCCUUAAAGACGCAUGAAAAGAUUUCAUAUCACUACAAGCCACCAUCCAGAAAAAGGAUCACACAAAAUGAACGGUUUUUUAUUAUUUCUUGCCAAUUUGCUUGUUUGUUUGUAUGUUUUCGAGAGAUAGCAGGGUAACUCAACGAAUUCGGAAAGGAUGGAGCUGCAACCUUUUGAGAAUUCUGGCCUAAAGAAAGCUGUACGCUCAGACCCCAUUUCAACCCCUUACUCUCCUCACACAAGGACUUGUUGUCCAGUGAAAGACAAACCUGUAGAUCUCACUAUAAUUAAAUUGGCACAGUCAUAAACGCGUCAUGUACGCCAAUCCAAAAGCCGUGACUUAAGAACAUAGUGGGAAUAAAGUAAAAAAGAAGAGACUUGGGAAAGGGUAAGGCGCGAUUUCCGUCUUGCAAUGUUAGAGCUAUUGUGACGAGUCUCAAGGCCAACUUUAGGACUCAUCACAGCAGUAACUGAGUGUUUUC